AUUAACAUUCAACUAUCUGGAGACACUGGUCCCUAAUUAGUGCUGGUGGCAGCUUUUCUUCCAUGAGCAACAGGGAGAUAAAGCCAGGGUUAGAGUCCUGAAGAUACAAGAGAUAUUUUUUUUCCUCCAAGCCCCUCAGAGAACCCCUGGUAAGUUGAAUCUCGGUUUCCCUCGUGCCCACUCCAUUUCUCUCAUUCUCUCUCUCUCUCUCUCUCUCUCUCUCUCUCUCUCUCUCUCUCAUGUUAUUUGUUUCUUUUCUUUCAGUGACUUGUACCACAUGCAACCAGGCAAUGAAACUCAACCUUCAGAAUUCCUUCUCCUGGGAUUCUCAGAGGACCCAGCACUGCAGCCACUCAUAUUUGGGCUCUUCCUCUCCAUGUACCUGGUCACUGUGGCUGGGAACCUGCUCAUCAUCCUGGCCAUCCUAUCAGACCCCCAGCUCCACACACCCAUGUACUUCUUCCUCUCCAACCUGUCCUUGGUGGACAUCUGCUUCACCUCCACCACCAUCCCCAAGAUGCUGGUGAACAUCCAGAUGCAGAGCCAAGCCAUCAACUAUGCAGGCUGCAUCACCCAGAUGUUCUUCUUCAUACUCUUUGUAGGGUUGGAUGAUUUACUCCUGGCCGUGAUGGCCUAUGACAGGUUUGUGGCCAUCUGUCACCCCCUGCACUAUACAGUCAUCAUGAACCCCAGGCUCUGUGUGCAGCUGGUGCUGGUGUGCUGGGUCAUCAGUGUCCUGCAUGCCUUGUCACACAGCUUAAUGGUGCUGCAGCUGUCCUUCUGUGUACACCUGGAAAUCCCCCACUUCUUCUGUGAACUGAUUCAGGUGAUCCACACUGCCUGCUCUGACACUCUUCUUAAUGAUGUGUUGCUAUUUCUUGCAGCAAUGCUCCUUGGUGGAGGUCCCCUGGCUGGGAUCCUGUACUCCUACUCUAAGAUCGUCUCCUCCAUCUGUGCAAUCCCCUCAGCUCAGGGGAAGCAUAAAGCAUUCUCCACCUGUGCCUCUCACCUCUCUGUCGUCUCCUUAUUUUAUGGAACGGGCAUAGGUGUGUACCUCAGUGCUGGUGCAGCCCCCAGCACAGCCUCUAGUGCCACAGCCUCUGUGAUGUACACGGUGGUCACCCCCAUGCUGAACCCCUUCAUCUACAGCCUGAGAAACACAGACAUCAAAAGAGCUUUGAAAGGAAUCUUUGGCCAGAAACUAUAA